AUGGUCCUCGGUCUCUCGUCCUCCAAGGGCGUCCUCGCCCUGUUGCGGGAGUCGGACCCCGACGUGCUGCAGUUCGCCCUGAAGCGGCUGCGUGAGCUGGUGGACACGUACUGGUACGAGAUCAGCUCCGACCUUGCGCUGAUCGAAGAGCUACACGAGUCGAGUGACCUGACGGAGGAGACGCGCCGCCUUGCUGCCCUGGUCGCCUCGCAUGUGUACUUCCACCUCGGCGUCUACAACGAGUCCGUGCACUUCGCCCUCGCGGCAGGGCCCGCGUUCAACUAUGUUGAGCGCUCCCUAUUUACGGACACCAUACUCAGCCGUUGCAUCGACCAGUUCGUGCAGUACCAAGAGCAGCCGGAGGGUUCCCGCGGUGAGCUCGACCCACGUCUUGAGUGCCUCUUUACCGCGCUCACAAACAAGUGGAUUAUGCAGGAUGACACACCAGUAAAGGAGCUUGUUGGCUUCACCAUCCGCGCGCGCCGACUUGACUUUCUGCAUAAGGUCCUAAAACAGCACAUUACCGCCACCAAAUCUGCCGCCAUCUUGAACUUUACCUUCGAAGUGGCCAAUGUGUUGCUCCGCGACAUCGCCUUCAGGGGGGAGAUACUGCGACUGCUGGCGGAGCUGUACGCGCAGAGUGGCUUGAGCACCAUUGAUUAUUUUUCCCGUGCACAGUGUCUCCUGUUCCUUGGUGACUCUAUGUCUACUGCAAACCUUAUUGGUGACCUCAUCCGUGCGGGCGAUAAGGCAACUGCUUACCAGCUUGCAUUUGAUCUGUACGAGUAUGGAAACCAGGAGUUCCUCUCUGCUGUCGUAGCAGAGAUCGAAAAGGAAGCUGCUGCGGCAGCAGCUGUACCAGGUGGAGCCCAAACAGAAGCCUCCAAUGAUGCCCCAACCGCAGCACCGCCAACAUCCAACGCGGAAGGAGAAAACGAGACUGCAAAGAAUGAGAAUUCCAACAAGCUCUCGGUUGUGUACCAAAAACUUCUGGCAGCGCUCACAGGCGAAACAGGCGUCUCGUUGUAUCUCACGUUCCUGUAUACCCGGGUCAACGCCGAUAUACACAUCCUGAACCACAUCAAGCAGUCUAUUGAUGCCAAAAAGACGGUGCCCCACAACGCCACGGUGAUAGCCCACUCCCUCAUGUACAGUGGCACCACCAUCGAUGCGUUCCUGCGCGCCAAUAUGGAAUGGUUGGGCCGAGCAAACUACUGGGCCAAAUUCACGGUGGCUGCCUCCAUUGGUGCGAUUCACCGCGGUCACAUUGACCAGGCACUCACUGUGAUGGAACCGUACUUGCCGAAGGAAAGCGUCGGAAUGUUGCCAUAUCAAGAAGCAGGUGCCCUCUACGCGUUGGGCCUGAUCCAUGCCCCAAUUGGUGUGUCACGCAACCGUGAAAUAAUCGACUACCUCAAGAAUGCCUUGCGCAAGUACAGCACAAGUGAACAGAUCAUUCAUGGUGCAUCGUUGGGUAUUGGUCUUGCGGCUAUGGGGCUUCGAGAGGAGGAGCUCUUCGACUCGCUUUUCGCCUGUGUGAGCGGCUGCGAUGCUGUCGCCAGCGAGGGCGCUGCGCUCGGCAUUGGUAUGGUCAUGAUGGGUAGCGGUAACCGUGGUGCUAUUCAGACCAUGCUGGCGCUCGCGUCAGAGGACGACCAGAAGGAGAAGACCAUCCGUGGUAUCUCUAUGGCGGUGGCGCUCAUGAUGCUGGGACGCGAGGAUGAGUGCUGGGCGACAGCGAACGAGCUCCUCGACGAUGCCGACCCGUGGGUGCGUCUGGGCGGCUGCUUCAUGCUCGGCCUCGGCUACGCGGGGGCGGAGAAUAUCAAGGUGAUUGAGCGUCUGCUGAGCGUCGCGGUCAAGGACACCUCAGACGACGUCAGGCGCAACGCCGUCACCAUGAUCGGUUUUCUCACCAUAAAGGACCCAUCACUCUGCCUUGAGCUCACCCGCGUCCUGUUCGACAGCUACAAUCCGCACAUACGCUACGGUGUUGGAAUGGCUCUGGCGGUGGCGGCGGCGGGAACGGGUAGGUCCGAUGUGAUUGAAGUCCUUUGGACACUGAAGAACGACCUCGUGGAUUUCGUGCGCCAGGGUGCAUACAUCGCGCUCGCUAUUGUCAUGGUGCAGGUGACGGAGGUGGAGAACCCAAAGGUGAAGGAGUUCCGUGACAUAUUAGCAAAGAAGAUCGCCGGACGCAAGGAGGACAUGUGCUCCAAGUUUGGCUGUAUUAUUGCCUCUGGCCUUCUAGACGCCGGCGGCCGCAACUGCACCUUUGCACUACACCGCCAGCGCCAUCGCCUGGACAAGGCGGUGGUUGGCAUGUUCAUAUUCCUGCAGCACUGGUACUGGUUCCCGUACAUUCUCAUGGUCACGCUGGCAAUGCGACCGACGUGUCUCAUUGCGCUAAAUGAAGACCUCGAGACACCACGCUAUGCGUUCAAGUCCAACGCCCCAGCAAGUCGCUUUGCUCUUCCCAAGAGUGUUUUGGCGGAGAAGAAGGAGGCAAAAACGUCCGCCCUUCAGGCCGUUGUUCUCUCCACGACAAAGAAGGAGGAACAGUUCAACCGGCGCAAGCGGAUGAGCAGCGCCGGAAAGGCCGCCGACUCAGAGGCGGCCGAGGCAGCUGGUGCCGCUGCUUCUACCGCCCCCACACGGCAGGAGAAAAAGAUGAAUGAAGAGGAGGAAAAGAAUGAAGAGGGGAAGAAGGAGAAGGAGCCGAGCUUCGAGGUACUGGCAAACUUGUCCCGCGUGACAGCAAGACAGUUCGCUGUCAUCACGCACGACGUGGAUCCGCGUUACGUGCCGCUUAAGCCCAACCCGUCUGGCAUCUGCCUGCUGCGGGACACGAAGCCGGAGGAGGGGCGGGACGUCAUCAUCAAAGACUUCGGCCUCGGCGGCGGCGGCGGUGGCGACAUUGCGCCGCCACCAACUGCGUUCCCGUGGCCGUGA